AUGAGGAUAGUCUAUGAUGCAUCCACCAAGUUUACUGGUCCAGCAUUGAACAACUGCCUUCAUGCAGGUCCAUUAUUGCUUUCUGAAGUGCCCAAUGUUCUCGCGCGUUUCAGGUACCACCUAGUUGUUUUGGUGGCAGGCAUUGAAAAAGCCCUCCUAAUGGUCCAGAUCAAAGAAGCUGACCGAAAUGUUUUCCACUUUGUUCGGGUAGAUGAUACUGAUAGUGGAAAUCCAAACAUUGUUGUGAAAUGUUUCGAUGGAGUUGUAUUUGGUGUUGCAAGUUCUCCUUUUCUGCUGAAUGCAACUAUCAGACAUCACAUGACCAAGUAUGAAGCUAAUGAUCCCCAGUUCAUGAACAAUUUUCUGACCUCUCUCUAUGUGGAUGACUUAAAUGGGGGGAAAGACAGUGUCUCUGAAGCAUUUGGGCUCUACAAAAAAAGAAAGAUCAAGAAUCACAGAAGCUGGAUUCAAUUUAAGUUAGUGGAUUUCAAGUUCCUAGAGGCUCAUGGAAUGGAUUGA